UGUUCAACCAAAGUCCAGCAGGGUCCAAGUCUAGCACCUGUCAGCAGUGAAAAAAUUUCCAGGGUGAAACAAAGAGCUUCAGUCCUGGAUACAGAUAUGGACUCUACCUUCACACCUCGAGAAUGUAAACUUUCCAAACAAGAGGGGCAAAGCUAUGGUUUCUUCCUCCGGAUAGAGAAAGACGUCGAGGGUCACCUGGUUCGUGUGAUAGAACAGGGCAGCCCAGCUGAGAAAGCAGGCCUCAGAGACGGUGACCGGGUCCUCCGUAUCAAUGGGGUAUAUGUGGACAAAGAAGAACACUUGCAGGUUGUGGAUCUAGUCAGGAAAAGUGGGAAUUCAGUGAUAUUCCUGGUUCUGGAUGGUGCAUCCUAUGAACAAGCAGUAAAAAAAGGGAUAAACCUGAAGGAACUGAGUCAGAACCAUGAGGAGACAGCCCCUGCGAUGAAUGGGGUAGCAGGUGCAGGGAGCCAGCCCCGGCUCUGUUACCUGGUCAAGGAGGGAAGCAGUUAUGGCUUCUCUCUGAAAACAGUCCAAGGUAAAAAGGGAGUGUACAUGACUGACUUGGUUCCCCAGGGUGUGGCUUCAAAGGCUGGAGUACAAUCUGAAGACCGUCUGAUUGAAGUGAAUGGGGAGAGUGUGGAAAAUGCCAGUCAUGAGGAGGUGGUUGAAAAGGUGAAGAAGGCUGGAAGCCAAAUUGUGUUUUUGCUGAUAGACAAGGACAUGGACAAGUACUACAGUGAUCAUAAGAUAAAAGUCAACAGAGAGACAGCCAGUCUGAUGCUGCUUCCUCACAAGCCCCGGAUUGUGGACAUGACCAAGGGAAAGGGUGGCUAUGGAUUUUACUUGAGAGUAGGCCCAGGGCAGAAAGGUCAGAUCAUCAAAGACAUAGAUUCUGGAAGCCCAGCAGAAGCAGCUGGUCUGAAGAAUAAUGACCUGCUCGUUGCUGUCAAUGGAGAGUCAGUGGAAAUGCUGGAUCAUGACAGCAUCGUGGAGAAGAUUAAGAAGGGUGGAGAUCAGACCUCACUCCUGGUGGUAGACAAGGAGACUGAUGCCAUGUACAGACUGGCUCAGUUUUCUCCAUUUCUCUACUACCUUCAAAAUCAAGUGCUGCCUAAUGGUGCUGUCAAGGAGGUUCCUGCUGCUUCUUCUCCUGUGGCCAACAGCCCUGCUCCCCCUGAGGAAGUGGACAUUUACAAGCCCAAGCUGUGCCGACUGGUCAAGGGCCAGGAGGGCUAUGGCUUCCACUUAAAUGCAUUCCGGGAUCAGCCUGGUUCCUUCAUCAAAGAGGUACAGAAGGGUGGCCCUGCUGACCUAGCUGGUCUAGAAGAUGAAGACUACAUCAUUGAAGUGAAUGGGGUGAAUGUGAUGGAUGAACCUUACGAGGAUGUAGUGGACAAGAUCCAGAACAGCGGAAAGAGUGUCAUUCUAUUGGUCUGUGGAAAGAAGGCCUAUGAUUACUUUCAGGCUAAGAAAAUACCUAUUAUUUCCUCCAUGGCGGAUCCAUUGGAGGACUCCCCUGAUUCUACUGAGGAGUCACCAGCCGAACCAGAGAAUGACUCACCCAUCCCAAGAGAACGAGCUGAUAGCACAAGUUCCCAUUCUUCCAGCUCUGAAGACACCGCGUUAUGAUGACAACCAGUCCUUGGCUUUGACUAGAAUGUCUUGGAAUUUGACAGGAAUAAUCCUCUCUUAAAGAACAAGCAGUUACCUGUUGUGAAGAAAGUAGCCCACAGGGAAGGACUCCAGGUGAACCUGCACCAGAGAGAAGCCCCUGGUCUUUUCCUGUCACCCAUCGUAGGGAUGGCUGCCGUAGACAGCCAGCUCACUUGUGGUUAACUUAGAAAAUGAGAACCCACGAGACAUUUGCAUUCCCACAAUCUCUCUCUCUCUCAAAUGAUUGUAUGAGACAGAGAGGUGUAGUUAAGCCUCUCUGCACAGGCCUGUGCCCCUUGAGCACCAAAGGUGAUUCACAAUUAGUAGAGGAGACAGUUGCUCAUUAGAUUUGUGAAAUCUGACCAGAUCAACCUUUCUUAGAAAUAGUGUGCUAUGUAUCUGCGAGUGCGAUGAAGAAUAAACAUCAGCAAUACUUGUGUGA